GUCCAGACUCGACCACGGAUGGCGGAGGUGCGGGACGGAUACGCGCUGGGUGGCCGGAUGGAGGCCGAGAGGCCCUCAAACCCCCAGGAGCUGCCGCCCUCGCCGCGGUCGCCGCCACCACCGCAGUCGCCUCCACCUCUGCCGUCGCCUCUGUCGCCUGCGGCCCCCGAGAUCCCCGAUCUCCCUCAGCCCGAGCCGUCUGAGGCCUACGCCCGGCAACUGCUGCUGGAGGAGUGGGGCCCGCUGAGCGAGGGCCUGGAGCUGCCCGAUCGCCUCACCUGGAAGCUGCUGCUCCUGCGGCGGCCGCUGUACCGCAACCUGCUGCGCGCGCCCAACCCCGAAGGCAUCAACAUCUAUGAGCCAGCGCCUCCUACUGGUCCCACCCAGCAACCCCUGGAGACUCUGGGCAAUUUCCGUGGAUGGUACAUUAGAACUGAAAUGCUCCAGAAAGAUCUAAGCUGGACAGUGAAGCAGCAGUGUGUGGACCUUCUGGCCGAGGGCCUGUGGGAGGAGCUGCUUGACGACGAGCAGCCAGACAUUACGGUCAUGGACUGGUUCGAGGACAGCCGGCUGGACAUGUGUGUCUAUGAGCUGCACGUGUGGCUGCUGGCAGCAGACCGCCGCACGGUCAUUGCACAACACCAUGUGGCACCCCGGACUUCUGGGAGAGGCCCCUCUGGCCGCUGGGUGCAGGUGUCCCACGUAUUCCGCCAUUACGGCUCUGGCGUGCGCUUCAUUCACUUUCUGCACAAGACCAAGAACCGCAUGGUGCCUGGUGGCCUGCAGAGGACGAGGGUGACAGACUCCUCCGUGUCCGUGCAGCUGAGGGAGUGACUGGCUGAGCCCAUGCCUGUCCUCGCCCC